AACGAAUCCGUUUUGAGUGCACGCUAAACCCCUUCUCUUCUCCCCACCUUCGCAUCCCCUACGUUGCCUGCCUCCACGCCGUCCGUCCACUGAUUCCCGUAGUGUCUCAGCGCACACGCCGUUCGUCCUCUCCAGGUUGUGCCUCCAAGCCGGUCGCCCUCUCCGGUUCCAUCCGUAUCUCUCUCUCCCUCUCCCCUCUGCAAUAAACCGAAUGCCCCUUGUUCGCUCUGCCCCACGCCGUCCCAGCCAUCGCCACGCCACGCCCCGCCACACGCCGCAAGCAGGUUUCCGCACCUCCGUACGUCACUCCUGGACGACUGACCACGAGUUUCCGUUGGCUGACCAUUACCUUCCGCUAUUGCAUUUAACAUCCUUGGAUUCGUCACCGUUGGGGUAGCAAACGAAGGAUCUUUAGGUCCUCCUAUCUAGGAAAGUUAAGUUUGAGAAAAUGAAUCCGUUUCCCAAACAACCUUUGUUUUGCCUGAAAUUUCCUUGGGACAACCAUCAAAAUCCAAGAAAUGCCAACAUCUGCAGCUUUGAGGGUCCUUGGAUAUUCAAAUCCUUGCAUAGUCUUGGAUCUGUUGCUUUCAAUUUUGUCAGCUCCGUUUCAAAAUCCUCGUAUCCAUGGAUGCGUACCUUUAAGCCUUUCCAAUUGGAUGCUGGAACCAAUCAAAGUCAGAGUUUGAAGUCAAGAAAGAUCUUGACUCCUGAAGAGCAAGGAGAGGCAGAGCAAAGAGCGUUUGCUGCAGCUUUGGCAACUGGGAAAGAGGCUACAGUGAUGGAGUUUUACUCACCAAAAUGCAGACUCUGCAAUUCUUUAGUUAAUUUUGUUUCCGAGGUGGAGGGCAGAAACUCAGAUUGGCUCAACAUUGUCAUGGCAGAUGCAGAAAAUGAGAAAUGGUUGCCUGAGCUUCUUCAUUAUGAUAUCAGAUAUGUUCCUUGCUUUGUGCUGCUGGACCAGAAAGGGAGGGCACUAGCCAAAACUGGCGUUCCAAGCAGUCGUUUACAUGUAGUAGCGGGUCUCUCACAUCUUCUCAAAAUGAAACGUUCCCAGAAAAAUAAUCACUAGAUUUAGUUAGCAUUGUGCCCAUUUGAACAAAAAUUUUGUAAGCAGCAUGUAAUGUUUCCAAGUGAUUGGAAUAAAGAUAGUGAGGGGGUCUAUUGAUGCACUUCUAUAUUGUAAAUGAACUUAGAAGAAUCAUCAGUGCAUCUUUCUACAUGGUUGGAUGCAGACAA